AUGAAGGUGUUCUUUCUAGUAGUGGCAACAGGAGAACUUGUCUUAGUAGUGCUGGGAAAUGGGUUCAUUGGACUGGCAAACUGCAUCGAGUGGGUCAAGAAGGGGAAGGUCUCAUCAGCUGAUUUUAUCCUUACCUGCUUGGCUGUAGCUAGAAUCAUUCAACUGUGGGUAGCACUAUUGGAUUCACUUAUAGUCGAGUUAGCUCCACAUCUGUAUGCCACCGGCAAACUAACAAAAUUGGUUACUCUUCUAUGGACACUAACGAAUCACUUAACUACCUGGUUUGCCACCUGCCUCAGCAUGUUCUACUUCCUUAAGAUCGCCCGUUUCUCUCACUUCUUUUUCAUCUGGCUGAAGUGGAGAAUGAACAGAGUGGUUUUUGUGCUCUUCCUGAGCUCUUUCUUCUUAUUGUAUGUUGACCUCUUAAUGCAGGAUGCUCUUGGUGAGUUGUGGAUAAGUAUCUAUAGAGAACAUGAAAGAAACACAACUUUGCAUUUAGAUGCAAGUAAAAUUUUCUAUCUUAAAAGCCUUAUUAUUCUUAGCUUGAUCUAUAUUAUCCCCUUUCUUCUCUCCCUGGCCUCUUUGCUGCUUUUAUUUCUUUCCUUGGUGAGACACACCAAGAAUUUCCAACUCAACCUGAAUGGCUCGGAAGACUCCACCACAGAGGCUCAUAAAAGGGCCAUGAAAAUGGUGACACCCUUCCUUCUACUCUUUAUCAUUUACUUUAUCUCCACUCUUAUAGGAAGUUGGAUUGUCCUUAAGGUACAGUGGUAUCAGGCCAUGACGCUUGUCAUGGUGAUUUCAAAUGUCUUUCCCUCUGGCCACUCGUAUGUUAUAAUUUUGGGAAACAGCAAGCUAAGACAGAUGGCCUUGAGAUUACCAUGGCAUCUUAAAUUCUCUAAAAGAAAAUCGAAACCUUUAGCUUAA